AUGAGUCGGAAGUCCAAGAGAACAUCUGCGCCAACGCCCAUGGAGAUUCCGCCGCCGGUGGCUCAGUCUGGUCAGCCCGCGACGACUCAGCCCGCUCCCCCGCCGUCCAUCCCUUCCAUGUUUGGACCUGGUGUCUGGUGCCCGCCUCGCCCGCCACAGUCCAUGCCUCCCUCCUCCGCACCAUGCUGGCUAACCGGCGUACAGCAACCGGGCAUGGCAAGCUCAUCGGCUCAAGGCCCUUGGUGGGCACCUCCUGGCGUUGGUGCUUCAGCAUAUCCUUGGUCUGGGCCUAAUCUUGAGGAGUCCGAUGUGCAAGAAUGGGGAUUAGAUUCUCACCCUCCUGGUGGUUUCCUAAAUAUUUUGAAGAGCACACCACAAGCUGCGAGCAAUGGGAGUUCAUCACAAGCAAUACAUAUUGAUGUUGACAACAAUACUAGGACUGAAAAACGCUUGACAUGGACAAAAAAGGAGGAUCUUAGAUUGGUCGCUGCUUGGGUGAAUAAUUCAAAUGAUCCAAUCCAAGCCAAUUUUAAGAAGAAUGAUCAGUACUGGAAAGGUGUUGCUGAUGUAUUUAAUAGCACCACCCCAAAAGACCGAGUCAGGACAGCCAAGCAAAUAAAGGAUCACUUUGGAAGAAUUAAGAAAAGGGUUGCUUGGUUUGGUGGUAACUGGAAGGAGGCCAAUGCUAUGUGGGCUAGUGGUGAAUCUGAUGAGGAUGUAAUGAACAAGGCACUGCAAAGUUACGAAGAAGACCACAAAAAAGAUGGGCCAUUCAUGUUUAGGCAUUGUUGGGAAGUUCUUAGCAAGGAGCCAAAAUGGGACGCCUAUCUAGAACGCCUCGAGGAUCUUGAACCAGGCAAGAGAAAGUUUGUUGAGGAGGAUGUGGGGCAACAUUUCUCUCUAGAUGAUGAUGAACGGCCAAUAGGGGGCAAGAAAGCUAAGGAGCAGAUGAAGAAAAAAAAAGAGCAGCCUUGUAUAAUAGAUCUUGAAGAUGAGCUUAACAACUUUUUAGAUGCUCAAAAAGCAGCAAAUGAAGGGCGUGCAGAGAUGUUAGAAACACAAAGGCGUGUGUCCAGUGAGAAGCUUGAAUCUCGGAGGCUUGCUCACCUUGCAGCAAAAGAGCACAAGGAGGCAGUUAUGCUAGAAACAUAUAGAUCAUUAUUGAUGCAAAACACAACUGGAAUGCCUGAAGAUGUGAAAGCUGAGCAUAUGUUGGCAUUGAAGUGCCUGAAGGAGAGCUUAUUUAACAAAAAUGACUGA